AAUCCGCCAUGAAUAAAACAAAUGCAUUGCUAAAUUAAAUCUUUACUAUUGUUACUGAUCACAAGUAAGAGUAACACAUAAAUCGAUAAGAGAGAGUAAAAAUUGAAGCAAAUUCAAACUCUACUAAUAAGAAAUUAAAUCAAGUAGAGUUGAGAGGGAGAGGGAGAGCGACAUAGCAACUAAAUGAGAAGCCGGUCGUCGAAAGUCUCCGGUGGGGAGAAGGCGAAGGCCGGGCUGAAGAAGGGGCCGUGGACGGAGGAGGAGGACGAGCUGCUGAGGAACUGCUUAAAGAGAGAGGGCGAGGGGGGUUGGCGGACUUUGCCGCAGAAGGCGGGGCUCCUCCGCUGCAGUAAGAGCUGCCGCCUCCGUUGGAUGAACUACCUCCGCCCCACCGUCAAGCGCGGCCACAUCUCCCCCGACGAGGACGAUCUCAUCCUCCGCCUCCACCACCUCCUCGCCAAUAGGUGGUCAUUAAUAGCUGGAAGAAUUCCCGGGCGUACUGACGACGAGAUUAAGAACUAUUGGAACACUCGUCUAAGCAAGAAGCUAAUUAGUCAAGGAAUUGAUCCCAGAACUCACCAACCCUUCAACCCCAGUCCCUCCAUUAAUUACUCACCAACCUUUCAACCCUAAUCCCCCAUUAAUCACCAACCUUUCAACCUUAAUCGCUCCAUUAAUCAUAACAAUUCAUUUAGCAACCCUAAUCCAUCCAUUAAUCCUAACCAUAAACUUUACAACCCUAAUCCUUCCAUCAAUCAUAGCCAUUCACGUAACAACCCUAAUCCCUCCAUUAAUCAUAACCACAAUCCAUCCAUUAAUCACAACCAUUCACUAAAAAGCCCUAAUCUCUCCAUUAAUCCUAACCAUUCACUUGACAACCCUAAUCUUCCCGUUAAUCCUGACCAUCCACUUAACAACCCUAAUCCCCUAAUAAUCAUAACCAUCCACUAAUUAACAACCCCAAUCCCUCCAUUAAUCAUAACCAUGCACUCAAUCAAGAUAGAGAUGAAGGAAUGCUAGACUGCUUCGACGACGACUCUUUCUCUUCAUUCUUGAACUCCUUCAUGAAUGAUGAAAUGUUCAUAAGCAGCAGCCACCAGCAGUAAUAUCAAUCCUCUUUUUAGUUUCUACUCCAUAUAUUAAAAUAAUGUUCAGAACUUGUUUUUUUAAUGGAGUAAUAAUUAGCUAUAUGCAUG